GGUUCUGUGGGGGAUCGCGAAGCGAAGUCUACUUUCGUACUUCCUGUAUGAAGUGUCAUCUUUAUUUUUGUAUUCAUAUUAUUCUUAUUUUGUUUAUGGAUAUUUUAUGUGCUUUCGAAAAUGGAAGUGAUAUUUCACGAAAAACAAGAAGGAUCCCUUUGCGCUCAGCACUGUUUGAAUUCCCUUCUUCAAGGAGCAUAUUUUACGGCAGUUGAUUUGAGCUCUCUAGCAUAUAAAUUAGAUGAAGAAGAAAGAAAAAGAAUGGCUGAAUGUGGAGAAAACAGCGAAGAGUAUCAAAGAUUUUUAAAACAACCAUCUGGGAACAUGGAUGAUAGUGGAUAUUUUUCAGUCCAAGUCAUUAGUAGUGCCCUAGAAGUUUGGGGACUAGAAUUAGUGCCUUAUUCUAGUACAGAUGAACGUGUAAAAAGUGGUGUUGCAGAACCACAUAAAAUGAAUGCAUUUAUAUGCAACUAUAGGGAUCAUUGGCUUACGAUAAGAAAAAUUGGAAACCAGUGGUUCAACUUAAAUUCUCUAUUAACCAGACCGCAACUUCUGUCAGAUACUUUUUUAUCACUUUUUUUGGCCCAGUUGAAGAAUGAGGGAUAUUCCAUAUUUGUGGUUAUUGGAAAACUUCCUGAAUCUACUGCUGACCAGAUACUACUGAAAACACCUUUUGUUCCUUCAAAAUCAUCCCCACAUGAAUUACCUGUACAAAAAACAGAUAGUGAUCCUCAAAUACAAGAAGCCAUUAAUCUUAGUCUACAAGAAGAAUCUACUUCAUAUGAUUAUCUAGGUAUAGAGGAUGAUCCAGAACUUCAAGAGGCAUUAAGGUUAAGUUUAGCUCAUCAGUCAAGAAAUGAGAUCAAAGAAGAUGAUGAAGAAACAAUGCUGCAAAAAGCUAUAAAUAUGAGUUUACAAUGUUAGCAGCAUUAGUGUUAGCCAUAAGGACAUUGAAAAUUUUCAAAGUAUCCUAUCAGUCAUGAUUUAAUUAAUAAAGCUUGGGUAAAGAUACAAACAGUAUUCUUAAAUGAAUUAGUCUGAUUACUUGCUAAUUAUAAUUAUUUUUUAGAGCUGCUGCUGGUAUUAUCUAGAGAAUGAAAUAUUUUAUUUUCUUAUUGCUAAAUAUUUGCAUCUUCCCAGAAUAUGUGAGUAAUUUCCAAAUAAUCAAUACAGAACUCACUCAUUUCACUUGUUUUUAUUUGAAUAUAUUCUGUACAUAGAUCUAAUAAUAUAUGGACUUGCCCUUAGACAGAGGGUAUCCAUUCAUUUUAAAGAGGAAAUUGUAUUUAAUAGGCUUGCUUUCGUUUAAUGUUUCCAGAUCGGUUAAAAGUAGAGUAGAACCUUGAUAGGGUGGAAUAUAAAAGGUUGCAUAAAUGAAUGUGCCAAUGAUACUCUGAAACUAGAACUGAAACAGGCCUAAUGUUUGUAGAAGAAUACAUACCUUACUUAAUGUUUUCAGAAAGUGUAAACAUGGAUCCCUUCCUAUACAUCCUAUAAGCUUCCUAAAGACUUAUUUUUCUCUUGGAUGUAUGAAUCGAAGCUUGAAUUGCAAAAUCCACAAGGGCCAGUCCAUCUUUGGUAGGUCUAUGACUGAAUGGUUGUUAUGGGAGUUUUGUUAUUAGGUCUCAAAUUUUUAUUUGUAAACAUACUAUAGCAUAGUAUGGUAUAUGCUCUAUGAAGAUUGAUCAGACACAGAAUAACAUCUGUAUAUCUGCCUUUCAAUUUAUUGAUCGUAUAAUCCAAAAGUUAUGAAAUGUGUGAAUGUUAUUUUUGUUAAAAAUUUGUAACACAAGUUUUUUAUGGAUUCCUUGGGGAAACUUUAAUCAUGUAUUUGUAGUACACCCUUAAGAGUUUAAGAAAGCACUCAAAGCUGUUACUGAAACUCUUAGUUAUUCUUCAGAUCCUAAUAAAAUCUUGCUCUACAGUGAAAAUUUUUGUUAAUUGUUUUGAAAGUUUAGUCAUUUUUAUUUAUUUGCAAUUUUUAUGAUUUGAAACGGACUUCUAUUCUUUUAUAUUUUCACCUGAUUCAUAUUCCAAGAUGAGUUAGUUGAGUGGUACUCAUGAUUUUUUGUGAAAUGAGUCAUUUUAAUAGAUGUAGAAACUCCUACAAAUUAUUCAUUGAAGUUAUAUUCGAACUGAAGGAUCGAUUGAUGAAUUUGAAUUCCUUUUAUCUGUGAAACUGUUAUAACAUAAAAUUGUUAACUAAUUAAUGUGUCACCCAAUGAUAUGAUUUUAAUUUAUUCAAUAUAUUGCUGAUUUAUGUUUCUGAUGUUUGUGUUUGAUGUUUUUCACUAAAAGUGCCAAGAACA